AGGUUUUAACAUUGUUAUCUUUUGUAAGGCAUGUUCAACUAUUAUUUUUACCAUAGAGAUUAUAAUAUAAAUUUGAGAUAAUUUCUGGGCUUAUCAAGUUAAAUGACGAAUUAACUGUUUAUCGCGAGAAUUGUUAACUAAAUUUAUUCGUCAUCGUGAUGGGUAAAGGCGAUUUGCUCGAUUCAGAAGAUGUGUAUGUCUCUUUGGGCAUGACAUCCGAGAAGAACAACAUAAAACAGACUAACGGGAUCGAAGAAGUGCUUAAGAAGAGUAUACUGAACACUCCGUUAGAAAAGCAUACAGUCCUUCCACACAAGGAAAGAACUAGCAAGAGAAAGAAGAAAAAGCCCAAGCAAGAAUUGCCCGAAGAGGUGAAGACGGACGUCGAGGUGCUGAAGAUGCGAUCGAUAUUCGAUUCGAAGCACUUCUACAAAAAGAACGACUUGAAGAACCUGUCCAAGGAUAUCCAAGUGGGUAAAGUGCUAGACUCUCCGGCGGAUUUCUACCACAGCCGUCUCCCGAAGAAGAUGAGAAAGCCGACACUUGUCGAUGAGCUUCUCGCAGACGACAAGUUCCAGAAAGAAGUGAAAAAGCGCUAUGUCAACAUCAUUGAACAAAAGCGUACCAAGUUCCGCAAGGAAUACAAAAAGCUACAAAACAAAUACAGAAGGAAAACACAAAAAUCCUGAACUAUUUUUAUAUUCACAGUGUAAUUUUA